GUCAAAUAAUGCCAGUGGGGUAGUGUGAUAGCCAUAUAGAUAGAUGAUAAUUAUGUUAUUGCAGUCUGUUUAAUGAUUGAUUGGCGUGGCUAGCUGAGUCCAAUCCAAAUGUAGAAUUUGCUAAUUUCAAGGCCAGCCUAACUUGCUGCCUUCCCUGAACUCACACACAUUGCAACAUUUUUAUCUUUGGACACGAGUUUUACAUUAGCCAGCAUGGCCGCCUUGCGUGCAGCCAAACAAGCUAUGAGGAGAGAAAUAAAGAAACGAGUAGCUGCGUUGGACGAUCAAGAGAAACUUCGCCAGUCUCGAGUCAUUUCGCAAAAGCUCUUCAAGCACCCCAAGUAUGCUAGGUGUGAGCGCAUCGCUGUGUUCCUCAGCAUGCACGAUGAGGUGAGAACAGAGGAGAUCAUUCAGGACUUGUUUAAGCACGGUAAGACCUGCUUUAUGCCCAAGUACUUGACCCAGGGCACCAGUAACCACAUGGACAUGGUGAAGCUCACCAGCAUGGAGGAUAUGAUGUCACUGCCUCUGACGUCUUGGAACAUCAGACAGCCUGCCGCCGACGACAACACCAGAGAGGAGGCCUUGGAGACAGGAGGUCUUGACCUGAUCUUGAUGCCAGGCCUGGGAUUUGACAGGAAUGGGAAUCGGCUGGGCCGAGGGAAGGGCUUCUACGACUCAUACCUGGAACGCUGUAUGAAGCACCCCAAGGGGAAGCCGUACACCAUCGCUCUGGCCUUCAGGGAGCAGCUGUGUCAGGACAUACCUGUGGGCGACAACGACGUGCUGAUCGACGAGGUCCUGUGUGAUGUCCUGGACUAGUUUAAAGGCACAUUUUCAUAUUUCUGAAGUAAAACUCUAUUUGUGAUGUAAAUGAAAUGUCCUAGAAGGGUUCAGACACCUUUUUUGUGAUUUGUCUUGUGUUUGAGAAACUUACCCCAGCCGUGACACACUUCCUUGCUCGUUGUGCAGUAAUCGGGCAACGCAAAUGACAUGAACAAAAGCCACCAAAAUAUGUUGUUUUAGAAACGGACUUUCAGUAUAGUGAUGUAGGUCUUUAGAUGUUGUACUCAUUAAAUUGUGUCAUUCCAAACUUGA